UCCACUAAUGUGGGCGUUUCCGCAUUCCAUGCAGUGCUGUCAGCAGAACGUGAAACUGCAGACAGUCGCGUCUCCCAAGAUAAUUCACCCCCAGGGACCAGCGGUCUCCAGCCAAGGACACAGGAUGCCGUAUAUACUCAUCAGUACUCAAAUUCGACUGGAGACCGGUCCAACAAAUGUCGGAGACGAGGACUCAGACCCUGCUGUCAUGAAUUACCUGGGAGCCAGGAAAAUGACCAUGUUGGGGAACAAUUUUUCGGAGUACCACGUGGACGAGCCCCCCCGCAUGGUCCUCAACAAGCUGGAGCAGAUCGGCUUCCGCGUGCUCACCAUGACCGGAGUGGGACAAACCCUGGUGUGGUGCCUGCACCGAGACGCAGAGUAGCACCCCCCCCCCCCCCCCCCCUCCAGAUAUCUGUCCAUGCUAGCUUCUUCACCAGCAUUUCCCAAACCUUCCACCCUAAACAUAUACAUACAUAUAUAUAUAUAUAUAUAUAUAUAUAUAUAUAUAUAUAUAUA